AAGUAUGCCCCUUAUCUUCAUACAACAAUCCUUGGCCUGGUGCUCCUUUGAUAUAUCUAUGGAUGUGAAUCAUAGCAUCCCAAUGACUGUCACACGGAGAUUGUAGGAAUUGGCUAACUAUACUCAUAGUGAAAGAAAUGUCUGGUUAAGUAAUUGUCACAAGGUGUGAUUGGCUAGUAUCUGAUCUCGAAUUGGAAAGAGUGCAAGUUUAAGGCCGAUCAACCCCAAUACCAUAAAGAACCUACCUCUCUAAUGCAGUUGUUCCUUAACAUUAAAGUCCUCUUUAGUCUGUUAGGCCACUGAUAUUGCAAACAUGCCAAAGGCGUAACAAGAAUCAAGGGAAUAUGGGUGACACUGCGAGAGGGAGUAACGGCCAGCAUGUGCGCCAGGGGUAGAAUAGGCACUUGGCUGGUUUGUGUAGCAAACCAACAUGUGUAUGGGCUGGAGGGAUAACAACCUAUAAAAAGAAGGUUAGAAGAGAGAGAGGGUGUGAGGAAUUUAGAGUUUCUGGCAAGAGAGUCCUGGGCCUCUCGAAUGCCUAGUUUUGUUGCUUAUUUCCAUUGUUUUCCUUGUAAUUGAGAGUUGCAAUAUAGCAGAAACUCACCUAAUUCUCUGGAAAAUCCUACCUAUUGUGUUGAAUCCCAUCAAUUUGGUAUCAGAGCAUCUCCGAUCCUAAUGGUGAACCUGACUGAUCGAGUGGGUGACUUGGAGAUGAGGGUGGGAGGCAUGCAACGGAGUAUUCAAGCGGUGAGGGAGAAGGUAGCGAGUUUGCUGGAACAGUUCGCUUGGAUGUGAGCGAGAUGGGAAGAGUAAGAUCGGGCGAGGAAGAGCAAGGGGAAGGACGGAGAUCGGCCAUCGAAAUUCACCCAGGAUUCUGAGAUGACUCCUGGAGUUGGAGUGGGCCGAGGGGUGACGCCUGGAGUUGAUAGAGGAUUGGGUGGAAGCUGGCGACAGGAGGUCCACGGUCAGAGGCUGGAGAUGCCUGUGUUUGAAGGAGAUGUCUCGGAUAGUUGGGUUGUUCAGGUUGAGCGAUACCUCCUUGUAACCCAGUUGACAAAGGCCGAGAAACGGGAGUCUGCGACUCUAGGUUUCGAAGGAGGGGCCAUUUUGUGGUCCCGGUGGGAGCGAAGGAGAUGAAGAGAGAUUCGUGUGGGUAAGAAAGCAAACCUGAAAGACGAAGCCAUAAGGCGCCGCCAUCUCGUCUCUGCUCAAGCAAUGGCGAAGAAGGGGAAUGCGAAGAAGAAGAAGCUGGUGACUAGACAACCGCAAGGUGACGGCAAAAGCGUCAAGAAGAAAUGCAGGAAGAAGAAGAAGUUUCAUAAAUACCAAGCUCCAGUCCCAACCAAAGACACCGCGAUGCCUAUUUAGUCCAAUUCGGACGCCGACGAUGAUUCCUCUUUCGGUGAGACCAAACCCGAGAAGAUCCAGAAACUUCUCGAGCGCUACACCAAGUACCAACGGAUUAACUUCCUUGUUGGUGCCGCCGUGCCCGACACUUUCCUCUUCACUCGCCUCUGCGAUGCCGCGGAUUGCGACAUAUCUCGUCGCAAGCUCGUUGUCUACGGCCUCCCAUGGGACACGACUCGAGAAACCUUAGUCUCUGCCUUCGAGUCAUAUGGCGUGAUUGAGGACUGCAAAGUCAUCUUCGACCGGGUCAUGGGCAAGACCAAGGGCUACAACUUCGUCUAGUUCAAGACGAGACGGGAAGCGGCCAAGGCAUUGAAGCAGCCGAGGAAGAAGAUCAGGAAUCUGAUGUCAAGGAUGGCGGAUUUGGUAACGUCCAAGGAGGGCACCUUACCGAUGAUUGGGGCGCCAUGUGCUUCUGAUCUUAAAAAUCUAGGCCAGCAAAAAUAUGAGAAAGCUGGUAAUUUGGUGGAGUCUCACCUUGAGGACAAGGUGAGUUUCAUGGGCGGAAGUAAUGAUAGAACCCUUGUUAGUCACAUGUACCAGCAAAGAAAUAGGAGGGAAGAAGCAGGGGGCAGAAUAGGAUAUUGGGAGAGGGGGAAAGUGACAAAAACAGUUGAAGGGCAAAAAAGGGAAGAGCAGCCAAGGGAGCAUGGCUGAUAGCUGAGGCCGUUGGAGGGGAGUGUCGCUGGAUAACAAACUAUAAAUAAGAGAGGCUAGGAGAAUACUGAGAGGAUGAUUUUGGUAUUAAGUUCUUGGGAGAGUUAAGGGCCUCUCGAAUGCCCUAUUGUUCUUAUUUUUCCUUGCUGCAAAUUAUUGAAAACCAUUGUUAUUCGAUUGUUGUUGAAUUUGCUAUCUGGUAUCCUAUCAUAGUCCUAAUGAGCAUGAGAGAAUUAAACUAAAUUUGAUGGACAGACUGAAAGGGUGAAUUAAUGCUUGGAAACCCAUCUAAGAUGCUUGUGUUUUCUAUAGCCUAAGGGGUGGCAUUGUUGGUUGACCUUAGCCCAGUGGUGGUACAAUACUUGCCACCAUAGUGCUCUCAAGAUGACUCCAUUUGAGGCCUUGUAUGGCUAUAAACCUCCUUUACUGUUGGCUAUAACCAGAGAGGUGACAGUGAAUACGGUGGAAUCCUAAUUGUAGUAGAGGCAACAAGUGAUCAGGGUGUUACAUAAGGAGCUGACAAUUGCUCAGAAUCGGACUAAACAAUAUGCUGACUGAAGGAGGAGUGACAGAGAAUUUGAGGUUUGGGAUAGGGUCUACCUUAAGCUUAGACAAGCCCACUUGAAGAUGUUGGCCCAGAGCUAGCACUCCAAAUUGAGCCCAAAGUAUUUUGGGCCCUAUCCUGGCAAGAAUAGGGCAGGUAGCCUAUAAGCACCAACUACCCCCCAAAUUCUCAGAUACACCUUGUGUUCCAUGUUUCGUUAUUGAAGAAGUCAGUGGGAGCCAAUGUGGUAAGCACAACCUUGUAAUUGGGCAAGUGGCCCUUGGCACCUUGGGUGAGACGGAUCAGUAUAAAAAAUAGACUGAUCCCAUCCCCCAGACCAUCUUUUGACAAAUUUUCAAUACAAUUCUCUCUCUCUCUCUCAUUCUCCUUUCCCUCUCAAUUCUUCCUCUGUUUCUCUCCCCAAUGCCCCUCAAUUGUUCUCCAUUCUAGGAGAAUUGCCCCGGUUAGAAUUCGAUUAUGACACGACCAUUUUUCUCAAUGGAAUCAUUUGAUCGGUUUGAAAAACUACCACAGCUUCUACCCCAUUUCAAGCAAAACCAACAAUCACAAAUAUAAUCCAUGAACACAAUAAACAAAAAAUCAAUACAUUAGCCCUCCACAUAUAUUUGCUACAUUGAUCUUUUUCAUCCUUCACUUUUCUCUUGAGCUUCAAAAUCUUAUAAUCUUUUCCACUGUCACCUUCAUCUCUUGACUUGAAGCUCAUCCCUUCAUUUUCUUCAUUUGCAUUCUUCAGAGUCUCUAGAUUAGAGGCUCAUUUAUCACUUCCACAGACCUCAUUGUAAACUCAGGAUCAUGCCACUCAAAAAAUCAACAAUUCAUCAUCUUAAAAGAGAAAAAUCAAAAAUAAAAUCAAGUAGUUUUAUUCAUACAAGCUUCUUAUUAAACUCUUUUAUAAAAUAAGGGGAAAACAAUACUGUUUUGGCAAACAAAUACCUUGCAAGAGUAAAAUCUUUUGUUUGGAUUGCUGAUACUCCAAGAUACCCAUCUUGGUGCCUUCAUACCAUAGUAGCAAUACCUAGCACACCCCUCGUAGUUGAAGUCAAGCUAAUUGCUAUUCUGGCAUCAUCAUGAUGCAGUGGAAACACUUGAAGCCAAUCUUGUUGAUGAGUCCAUCGAUUAUGUGAUCUUUGAUUUUGGGUGGAAGAUGAGAGAAGUUAGGGCUUUUGUUUUGGGUGGAACUGUGGAAGAUGAGAGAAGUUAGGGCUUUACUUUUCUUUCAUUUUUUUUUCCCUAAGGUUAGCAGCAUGUGAAAGUUAUGCAUGAGAGCUAGGCAAAAGUUGGGUUUAUUUGGCCCAUAAAUAAAAGGUUUGGGUUUAUUUGGUCCAAAACUUAAUUUUGGGCUCAAUUGACCUAAUUGAAAUAGUUGGAGGGCCGAUUUGAACCUUUUUCCUUUUUUAUUCUAUUUCAAACUUUGAGGUUUUCCUAAACCCUAAUUUCAUAUCUUGGUUCCAUAUUUAAUCUUACACUGUUUUUGCACAUUUUUGCUCUUGUUUUUGCUGAUUGUUCCUCCCAUACUGCAUCACUUUGUUACUUGUGAGUUCCUUGGGGCUCAUACUUUGAUAUUAUUAUUUUUUUUAGAUUUUUAUUAGGUGUUGCUGAGUUUUGGUACCACUUAACAACUUCACUAGUCCUGGUCUUUUCUUCUCAUGGACAUGCUCCAUGUGGGUUCAUGUCAGUUCCUCAUAUCCGACUAGGUCAAUUCUUUGCUAAUUGAGAGAAUUAGGGCAAAAUUUAGGAAGAAAUGAGAGGAAAAUGCAGAGAAUGAGAGAGAAACAGAAAUAGGUGAGAGAGAGAGAGAGAGAGAGAGAGAGAGAGAGAGAGAGAGAGAGAAUUCUUUGAAAAAUGCUUCAAUGCCUUUGCAUUCAGCUAGAUUAGGUUUGUAUACUAAUCUAGGCAGUUAGUUUGGCACCAACAAGUCUGCCAAUACAGAGCUCAAAGUACAACUAUGAACAGCUAGCCCAAAGUACAACUGCUGUAAAGUACCAAUAAAACCUUACAACAUUAGGUGUCAUGACAAUUUACCCCCCUUCAAAAUUUCUUGUCCUCAAGAAAUGGAGAGAAGAAAGGUAGUUUGAGGAAACUGAGUAAGCAGGUAGGGUAAAUACCUCCCAAGUAUUAUUAUUAGAAUGACAGAGCGACUAUUGAACCAACACCUGAGUUAAGGGAGUCCUAUGCCUGUAAAUGACUCGUUUGUCCAAAAUAAAAACCGGUUCCACUGUAGGAGGAUCAUCAAGAACAAAUGAUGGAAAAGGAGGACUAACCGGCUAUGUUCCCACUGAUUUUUUAAGCAGUGACACAUGGAAUACCGAAUGAAUGUGAGAGUCAAAAUGCAGCUGGAGCUUGUAGGCUACAGAUCCAAAUUUAGGUACAAUAGGAAAAAGGCCAUAGAAUUUAGGACUGAGCUUAGAAACCUGCCUGUGAGUAAGAGCCCGUUGAUGGGAGUGUUUCAACCCAUAUCUCCCACUGCAAACUCUCUCACUUCUUCAUCCUGCUGCUGCUGUAAAUAAGUGUCAGCAGCCAGCUAUUGAUGUAGAUCCCAAAGUGGCAGGUAAUAGGGGAGUUUUAUAACCAUACAAAGCCUCAAAAGGUGACAUUUUAAUGGAACUGUGAUAGCAAGAAUUAUACCACCACUGGGCCAAAGAAAGCCAUUUAUGCCAAACCUUAGGCUGUAAAAAAUAGAGACAACAAAGAUAUGUCUCCAAACACUGAUUUACUCUUUCUGUUUAGCCAUCUGUGUUUUGGGUGAUGCAGUAGACAUAUGCAACUUAGUGCCCAAAGAUUUCAAUAGAUCCUGCCAUAAUAGACUUGUGAAAACCUUAUCUUUGUCAGAAACUAUGGAUUGUGGAACUCCAUGCAACUUGACAACAUGAUCUAAGAAUAUUCUGUCCACUUCUUGGGCAGUAAAAGGAUGGGAGAGACUUAGAAAAUGGACAAAUUUAGUGAAGCCAUCGACCACCACCAAAAUACAGAAUUUGCCCUCGGAUUUAGGUAAUCCCUCCACAAAAUCCAUAGAGACACUAGUCCAAACUUGCAUAGGUGUUGCAAGGGUUGUAAUAAACCCCGAGUUGCUGCUGUUUCAUGCUUGCAACAUUGGCAAACAUCACAUGCCAUCACAAAAUCCAUCACAUUCUUCUUCAAAUGUGGCCAAUAAAAUAAGUGAUUCACCUUAUGGUAUGUAUUCUGGAUAACUGAAUGUCCUCCCAAAGGUGAUCCAUGCAAAGAUUGCAGAAUCUUGCCCUUUAGUUGAUCACAAUCGCCUAUCAUGAAUCUGCCAUGGAACUGAAUUAAUCCAUUAAUCCUCGUAUAACCUGGUCUACUAGAAGAGUCAAUAGUCAAUUGCUCCAGCAAUUCCUUAGACCAGUCAGCUAAUUCAUAGCUAGCUGUCACUUCUUGGUACCAAUCAGGAACAACAGAAGUGAUGGCUGCAGAAGUCCCUUCUUCAAAACAUCGGGACAAGGCAUCAGUAGCUAAAUUUUCCUUUCCUUUUCUAUGCUGGAUAGUAUAAUCAAGGCCCAACAGGUUAGUCAUCCCCUCUUUUGUAGCUGUGUUUACAGUUUUUGCUGUAAUAAGUAUUUUAGGCUCUCAUGGUCAGUUCUAAUAAUAAAUUGACCGCCUUCUAAAUAAUGCCUCCAUUUAUCCCCUUCUAUUAAAACAGCCAACAUUUGUUUGUCAUAUAUGCUUGCCACGUUCCUAGGGUAGUAAUUGUAAUUUUCCUUUCCUUUCUAUUAGAUGCUUGUACUUAGCUAUAGAAGCUGUUAUGCUUAUUGGUUGUACACUCACAUCACAUGGAUGCAUGGUUGUGGUUGUGAGGCUAUAAAUAAGCCACAACUAGAGGAUGGGGAUUCAUGAAUGAUAUGACUUGAAUCUUUUCCCCCUAAUUUUCUCUCUUGAACCUUCUCUUCUCCCUCCUCCUCUUACUGUUUUUUUUCUCUCUUUCUCAAUCUCUUUCCCUCCCAAUUCCAGAAUUUCAUCUCAAAUACCCUCUGUCAGAUCUGGAGAUCUGACAAUGCUUAACCCCAAAUGUUUAGGAGCUAAAGCUUGACUUAUAAAGGCUAGUGGUUGACCUUCCUGAAUAAGUACAGCCCCAACUCCCAAAUUACUUGCAUCAGUUUCCAGCACAAAAGAUUUACUAAAAUCUGGUAAAGCCAAAAUUGAAACUUCACUCAUGGUCGUUUUCAACUUAACAAAAGCUUCUUCAGCCUGAGGAUUCCAAUUAAAAUUAUCCUUCUUCAACAGUUCUGUCAGAGGCUUACUAAUAACUCCAUAAUUUCUAACUAACCUCCUGUAAUAUCUAGUUAAUCCCCAAAAUCCUCUCAUAGCCUUUACAGUAGUAGGUCUUGGCCAAAAAAGCAUUGCAUCCACUUUCUUAGGGUUAGUACUUACCCCAAGAUCAGAAAUGAUAUGCCUUAAGUGCUCCAACUGUCUCUGGGCAAAAGCACACUUUAACUUCUUCACAUAUAAUUGGUUAAGUCUAAGGAUCUCAUAUGUAGUUUUUAGGCGGUUAAUAUGUUGAGCAAAGGUAAGGUUAUAUACAAGAAUAUCAUCGAAGAAUACUACGAUGAAUUCUUGUAAAUAAGAUUAAAAAAUCUGGUUCUUGAGAGUUUGAAAGGUGGCUGGGGCAUUAGUUAGCCCAAAAAGCAUAACUUUAAAUUCAUAAUGCCUUUGAUGGGUUUGAAAGGAUGGUUUAUGAAUGUCUUCUGGUUUCAUUUGAAUUUGAUGAUAACCAGAUCUUAAGUCAAGUUUGGUAAAAAUAGUAGCAUGUUUUACUUCAUCCAAAAGAUCCUCAAUAAUAGGAAUACGAAACUUGUCUUUAAUUAUUAUGGUGUUUGAUUGGUGAUAAUCAAUGCAAAACUGCCAAGAGCCAUCUUUUUUCUUGACAAGUAACACUGGUGAAGCAAAAGGACUAUGGAUGUGUUCAAUAAUGGAUUUUUGUAACAUGUCCUUAACUAAUUUUUCAAUUUCGGUCUUUUGAAUUGGUGGAUAACAGUAUGACUGAGUAUUGACGAGUUCAGUAUUAGGUUUGAGUGGGAUGGCAUGAUCAAAGUCUUUUAGGUGGUAAGGAUGUCGAUUCUACGAAAAGGUCCUCAUACUCAACUAAAAGCAUGUGUAAGGAGUCAAGUUCGUGUACCUACCAAUUUAGUUGAGUCUGCUGACAGUCACCAGCAACUCACCAGAUUGCUCCUGUGAUCCUUCCAUUUCAUCAAUGGCCUGUAUGGAAAAUAGAUGAGCGAUUCCAGCUUGCUCUUAAAUGUCUUCUGCAACUUUUUCUCUGUGGUCAUCUUGCAUAUGCCCAUAUCUAGGCUGCCAGCAAGAGUCAACUUCCUUCCAUCCUUCUCAAAAUUGACUUCCAGUUUAUUCAAGUCAAAGCUGAUUGGACUGACUAUUUUCAUCCAAUCAACUCCCAAGACUAUAUCACAACCACCAAGCUUCAUUAACCUCAAAUCAGUUGCAAAUCUUUCCCCAUGCAUUUCCCACUGAAAGUCAAUACACUUGGAUUUGCUGAUCACAUUGCUGCCAUUGGCCAGAGUCACCAAUAAUGGCUGAGUGCUAGUAAGCCUGCGACCUAGUUUCUUGGCUGUAUUCUCAUUCAAAAAAUUGUAUGUACUUCCACUAUCAAUCAAUACCAUCAAUUUAUGGUUGCGUACCUUCCCUUCCACCUUAAUAAUCUUGUUGUUUGCUAAGCCCCUUAGAGCAUGCAGUGAAAUUUCUCCAUUAUCUGCUUCUUCAAUCUCCAUUUCAACUGCUGGAAUUUCCUCCAUAUUCUCUUCUUCCUCUUCUCCUUCCAACAAGAGCAAUUGUCUCUUGCAUUGGUGUCCUGGCAUAUAUUUAUCUUCAAAACAUAAGCCGGCUUGCCUAUGUUGCUCCACAAGGUCAAACUUCCCUCCUGUAUGCUGAUUUGAGACAGCAGUUAGUUGAGCUGUCAAAUUUCUAGAAUUCUGACUGUUCUUGGCUGCCUCUCUAUUAUAUCCUCGAUUCCCUUGCUGAAUGGCAUUUGAACUUGUUCCUCUUAUUUGCAUUCUUUGCUUCUUCAUCAGAGCUUCUACUGUAAGCGUCUGUAAUCUUGCACUUUCAGUUGCCUGUUUAACCGUCUUUGGCUGUAACAUCUUAACCGUAGGCCUCAAUUCCUCACUCAAGCCACUAAUGAAGCUUGAGGCAAAAUAAGCCUCAUUUAGGUAGGGGUUAAGAUUAAGCAUCAAAGAUUUCAACUCCUCAAACUUAAUCUAGUUAGCCUGGACAGAAUUCUCCAACCUCAAUUUAUUAAAUUCCUCCACCACAUCAGUCAUGUUCCUAUCACUAAAUCUCUCACAGGAAUCUUCCACAAAUUCUGUCCACGGACAUUUCUUUCUUAACCGGAUCCAGCCUUGGAACCAAGUGUCCGUGACAUCGUUCAAAUAAGCAGAGGCUGAGGUAACUCUUUGCUGAUCCAGUAUGUUAUACAGAGUAAAAAGUUUUUGACAUUGCCUAACCCACCACCUAGGGUUUUGGCAGUCAAACAAUGGAAUUUCUAACUUAGGCAGUGGAAAGUAAGGCUCAUUUGAUGCAGCCUGUACCUUGCUGCCUCCUUUCAACUGCUCUUUCAACCACAUUCUCACCGAUUAAAGAAGGUUCUAUUUCAAAUUCAAAAGAACCAGCUGUUCUAUGAAUUACUCCAUUUCCUGGUAUGAGUGGAUCUGAUCUUUCUUUAAGAGGAAAAUCAGAAGGAAGACUUACUUGAGGCAGUUUAGAGAACAUUAAAAUAAAUCCAUCCAGCCUUCUUGCUAAACCGUCCAUAGACGUUUCAAACUUCCUAUCCAAUGAAAGGAUCGCCUCAUGGUUUCUGCUGGAUCCAGCUUCCAGAGAAUGAACAUGAGCCUGCAGAUCUGAAACCAUGGCAUUCACCUGCUGCAGUUGAGCUUCAAACUGCUUCAUGUGUGUUCCAUCAGCUGUGGCAGAAUUGCCCUAGUAGCUGAAUUCAGUGGCCUGGGAGUGGCUCUGAUACCAAAAUGUCUGGUCCUAUGAUCUGACUAGGUCAAUUCUUUGCUAAUUGAGAGAAUUUGGGGAGAAAUGAGGGGGAAAUUCAGAGAAAGAGAGAGAAACAGAGAAUUCUUUGAAAAAUGCUUGGCCUUUACAUUCAGCUGGAUUAGGUUUAUAUACUAAUCCAGGCAGUUAGUUUGGUGCCAACAUGGCUGCCAAUACAAAGCUCAAAGUAGAACUAUGAACAGCUAGCCCAAAGUACAACUGCUGUAAAGUACCAACAAAACCUUACAACGUUACGUGUCAUGACAAUUCACUGCCCCCUAGACUUUGGGUUUAGUUAGUAGACUGUAUUCUUUAUUAAGUAUGAGUUUUUAUUUUAGUAGAAACAUUGAGGCAGGGUGUUUUCCCUUAGAUGCAUGUACAUGACACUACUUGUUUACAUUGCCCUGAGAGGGUCACAUGACUUCAUGUUUCAUAUGAUAAACAUGGUAUACAUUCAGAUCGAAUAUUUGAUAUAUGAGAUCAAAUUUUGAUAGUUAUUUCACAAUCUCCAUAUAAAUAUGAUGUGCAAUUAUGUUCACGUAGCUUGUUGGUCCAAGUGGCUAGGGCCACCCUCUGGCAUUGGGAUUAAUGCUAGUCAUGACACACCUCCUCUUUCUGACAAGACUUUUCCAUAUUGUGCUCAUCUUCAUCAACCUUAGCAAACCAAAUUAAAUCAAAAACCAAAUAAGCAGAAGAAUACCAAAUUCCCCAACAGACAUAUAUGCAUGCAUAUGUAUAACCAAACUAUAGUCAAACAUAAAUGGCAAGUAUCUCAGAAAAAAAAAAAAAAAAAUGGCAAGAUGAACAGAAUGGCAAGCAUUACCACUUACUAGUCUUCUAGAUCUAUUUCAAACAUAAAUUUAUGGAAUCCAAUUAAAAUUUAUAUUUUAAGUUGAGUCAUACCAAAUAUGAGAAUUCAUUUAUAAAUGAAUUCUACACUUCAAAUUCAUUGGAUUCUAAUGUAUCAAAACAUUGUUUCCAUUUUGGAACAAUUUAUAGUAAUCACUUUAAUAAUAAAUGUGCAAGUAAAUGUCAUAAAUAGAAAGAAAAUAUUUUCUGCAAUCUGGACAUUAAAUGGUGGAUGAUUUAAUCUGAAUAUACAUGGUUGAUCCCCCGUGAUUCAAAGAAUGAUAAUUAUUUAAAUCACAUUUCCUAUUUCAGCUCCUAAUUUAGAACACGUGGAAUAAUCAUAUGUGAUCAUUUAGGCCUUGGUGUAAGCCUCAGACUAGAAUAUCUUCAUCUCGUCUUUCUCAUUUAAUAUGAUUCAAUUUCAAGUGGUAAUGCUUGCCAACAUAUUUAUUGCUUGCUUAUCCAAGCUUAUGUUGAAAAGACAACUUUGCCCCCUAGAAAUCUCCGACUACAUUCAUCUCCAUGGAGGACCCCUGUGUCAAAUGAAAGAAUCACCAUCAGACGAUUGUUAGAGUGAGGUGUAAGGAUUUAGCAUGGAAUCGGCCACAUCUUAGUUUUUGUUUCUUGAUUUAAUCAAAUGGGAAAAAAGUGUUGCGCUUUUCAUGCUCUCUAUUCGUUGUUCUCUCUCUCUCUCUCUCGAUAUUCCCUUCCUAGCCAUGGAUAUGUGUAUAUGGGGGAGCUCCAAGGAAUGAUGGAAAGGUGUAGAGUUGUUCGAUUGAGUUUGAUGAUCAACAUUGUGAUCAAAGCACAACAUUCUGGUCUGAGCCAGUUGUUUGGCAAAUUUGAGGUUCUCCGGUGAGUUUAAGAGAGGGGGAGAGAUGUAUAAGAAUCAGUUACAGGAGUUGGCACAGCGGAGCUGCUUCAACCUGCCAUCAUACACUCAUGUGAAAGAAGGUCCAGAUCAUGUGCCAAGGUUCAAGGCCACUGUGAAUUUCAACGGUGAGACCUUUGUCAGCCCUAGCUUCUGCUCCACUCUCCGGCAGGCCGAGCACGCUGCUGCCGAGGUUGCCCUUGGUGCUCUUGCUAGUCGUACGCCCUCCAAUGCCCUUGCCGCCAAGAUACUGGAUGAUACAGGGAUCUACAAGAAUCUUCUGCAGGACGUUUCACAAAGAGUUGGAGGAUCUUUGCCAAUAUACAGAACUUUGCCAUCAGGUCAUGGAUACCGACUUGUCUUCAGUUGCACUGUAGAGUUAGUUGGCAUAAGAUUUACUGGUGAACCAGCCAAGAACAAGAAACAAGCUGAAAAGAAUGCUGCCAUGAACGCUUGGUCUUCUCUCAAAUUAUUAGCGCAACAAUCAGAAAGUUCAUCAUCUGGAAAGGCAAAUAAUGAUCAGCAGGAGCAUGUUAUUGUAGCACAUGCUCUGCAGAAUUUUCUUUGGAAGGCAAGAAUGUCUAAAGUAUCAUUCCCGAUGAAAUUUCCAAUUCAGAAUCCAAGGCCAUUGAGCACAGAGUCACCCCCCAUGAGGAAAUCAAAGAUCCUUCCCUUAAUUCGCUCCCAAGCUGCACCUCAGAGUAGACCUAUUUAUGCACCUGUAAAAGACAGCCUGAUGUGCCCAAAACCAGCUUGUCAAAGCAAACCGGUAACUGGAGCAGUGAAUUGCAAUCCCAUAUGCCGGGCAGUUGCUCCUGAAACUCAAGCUCCAACAAUAACAGCAAAUGACAUACUCCUUGCCCCAACUAAAACUGAAACGCAAGCUCCAAACAAAACAGAAAGCCCUAGAGUCCUGCCUCAGAAAUCAUAUGCAGCAGCUAGAGCAGCACCUUACAUUCCUGUUGGGCAUUUUAGGCAACAUCGUGCUAUUGCACCACCAGUGACAAUAAGAACAGCAAUACCUGUUUUCUCUGCACCACCGUUGCCUACAUCGAGUCUGUCCCCACAGAUGAGGGGGCCUCCACCAUUACAUAUUACCCUACCCGUAUCGGCAAACAGAGAGUGCCAGUUUCUGGCACCUCCAUCGGCUCCCCUGAAGGAGCAGCUGGUUUCUAUGGCUCCUGUUGCUGCUGCAGCUAGCUCUUCAGAGCAUAUAAAAGAGACAGAGGGUGCAGUCCAGGAGAAGCAGCAGGAAUAUCUGGUAAUGCAGCAGAUCUUGGAAGAGCUGAAGAUUUGAUAGCAGGCAGAUGGAUUUUCAGAUUGCAGGAACCGUUUGGGAAGGUUUAUGGUACAAGUUUUCCAUGUUAUUUUAGUUUUGUUUAAUUUUCUUUUGUUAGAAACAGCUGCAUGACAUGGCCCAUCCUUUAGCCUUUAGGGGUUUUAGUGCUCUUGGCACUGUCCACCCCUUGGAAUUGCUUUUCCAACUUGCUAGAAUACAGAAUGAUUUUGAUGGGUAUUUGGGAUCGAGCAUCAAGCAAAACUGUCCUAUAUAUAAGCAAUAGAUAGAUUAAAAUUGAAUGAGAAAAGCAUGGA